CACUCUAUCGGCGUGUGUUCAGGGGACGGGUAGUUGGAGUAAGGAGUCGCCGGGCGGUAGUGCGUCUCAAACGCUUUUUGGGAAAGAAACGCCGCUGAAAAUUGCACCACAGACUGAAGAAACGACCCCCGGUGACGACUUCUGUGAAAUUAUUCAACGCGACGACUGCGCCACACGCACAACCAUCAAACGCAGCCAGGCUAUCAAAUGCUAGCCAGCUAGCAUCCCUGAAAACUGACGGGAUCAAGGUGUUGAUAGCUAGCCUCCCAGCUAAUUAUCCAUCAGCUAGCAUCCUCCUGCCGUAGCAUCAUUAGCUUGCUUCUCCUCCUCACGCACGUCGAGACUUCACUGCUCGUGGCGGUGCCUUUUAGCUCGCGAGCACCAAAUUCCACAUUCAGACAAAAACAGACAUCGGAGCUUCCUAACUGGCUGCCGCUGGAGAGAGCGUCUGCGUUGUAUUAGUUGACACCAUCACACCCAUCUCCCCAACCCCUUCACCUCUGCCCCUCUCCCUCCACCCGAAACACUGGAAAUCCACAAGCGGCCGGAUAGCGGCGAAGGGCCGGCGAAGCUGGGGGUGGUAACGUUACCGGACUCGCAGGGAGUCGUAACGGCUACAGACAAGCACAGCCGUGGGGAUCUACCGACGAGUAUGGACGGACUGGCCGUGGAAGUUCGCGGCUCGAAUGGGGCCUUCUAUAAGGGUUACAUCAAAGAUGUCCACGAAGACUCUCUCACAAUUGUAUUUGAAAAUAACUGGCAGCCAGAGAGACAGUUGCCCUUCAGUGACGUGCGGUUGCCUCCUCCAGCCGACUACCACAAGGAAAUUGGUGAAGGAGAGGAGGUGGAGGUUUACUCCAGGGCCAACGAACAGGAGCCGUGUGGCUGGUGGCUGGCACGGGUCAGAAUGAUGAAGGGAGAGUUCUACGUGAUUGAAUACGCUGCAUGUGACGCCACAUACAAUGAGAUUGUCACAGCAGAGCGCAUCAGGCCCCUCAACCCCAACAGCCCUUCCUCUCGGAACUCCUUCCAUAAAGUCCCCAUCCCUGUCCCAGAAGACCUGAGGGACAUCUGUGCAAAUGACAACAUUCACAAAGACUUCAGGAAAGCUAUCGGAGCCAACUGCAUCUUCUUCAGUGCCCAAACACACGAACUCAUUGUGCUGUCUACAAAUGAAACCACAGUAAAGCGUGCAACUCUUCUGAGUGACAUGCAUUUUCGCAGCAUCAGAACCAAGCUUAUGCUAAUGUCCCGCAACGAAGAAGCCACCAAACAUUUGGAGACAAGUAAGCAGUUAGCAUCAGCCUACCAGGAGGAGGUGAGGGUCAGGGAGGACCUGAUGGGUCUCGCCAUCGGCUCCCAUGGUGCCAAUAUCCAGCAGGCAAGGAAGGUGCCUGGAGUCACGGCUAUCGAGCUGGAGGAGGAAAGCUGCACAUUCAGGAUCUACGGAGAGACCCCAGAGGCAGUGAAGCAAGCUAGAGAGUAUCUUGAGUUCAAAGAAGACUACUUUCAGGUACCCAGGAAUCUUGUAGGCAAAGUCAUCGGCAAGAACGGCAAAGUCAUCCAGGAGAUUGUGGACAAGUCGGGCGUGGUCCGUGUCAGGAUUGAGGGAGACAACGACAAAAAGCUUCCCCGGGAGGAGGUAGGCAGGCAGGGGGCUGGCAGAGACGACACUGCCAGCAGCAAAGAGGGCAUGGUUCCCUUUGUGUUUGUGGGAACUAAAGAGAACAUCAGCAAUGCUCAGGCUCUUUUGGAGUACCAUGUGUCCUAUCUCCAGGAAGUGGAGCAGCUGCGACUGGAGCGCCUCCAGAUUGACGAGCAGCUCCGUCAGAUCGGGGUGGGGUACCGCGCACCUGCCAGUCGAACGGGGGGCCCAGGUACUGACCGGGAGAAAGGCUACUUGACAGAUGAGAGCAGCAACUCACUCCAUGCCUCUCGCACCUAUGGAGGCCGCGGCAGAGGACGAAGGGCCUCCAACAGCCAGUACUCUGGAUAUGGCACAAACUCUGAACUGUCCAAUGCUUCUGAGUCGGAGGAGGGUAUGGAGCGAGACCAGCGGCCCCGUGGCAUAGGCGGAGAGGAGAGAGGCUCCCGACGAGGCGGCAGGGGCAGAGGCUCCAACUCAGGACGAGGCCGUGGAGGACCAGGGUCCAAGCCCUCGAACUCAAUCAGCUCAGUGCUGAGGGACCCAGACAGUAACCCGUACUCCCUGCUGGAGGGUGAAGGAGAGCUAGCCGACACCGACAUCAGUGAAGGCAUGGGAGGAGACCGCCGCAGGCGCUCCCGCCGCCGCCGCAACGACCAGGAACCCAGCGUAAUGGAUGCUGCUGGAGAGUCGGACAGCCAGGCCGGCCCCAGCGAGAAUGGACUGGAUGAAGAGGCCCGGCCUCAGCGUCGCAACCGAAGCCGCCGCCGCCGUAACCGUGGCAACCGCCCAGAGGGAGGUUCAGCCAGCCGUGACAGACAGCCACAUGAGAGUGUGACUGUUGCUGACUACAUAUCCCGUGCUGAGUCCCAGAGCAGACAGAACCUGCCCCAGAAGGAAAACCACGCUGGCCCUGAGCCCAAGGAGAAUGGGACCAGCACCAAGAAUGAUGAGCGAACACCCUCCAAGCGUUCCCCCAGCAAAGGCAUGACCUCGCCCAGUGAGACUCUGACCUUGGUCAACGGGGUCUCGUAAAGAGACGGCCCUGCCCCUGGUGAACCCAAGUCUAGAGCAAGACUCCAUGGCAAACUCUGUCCCUGCUUGCAUUAACUUAAACCUUAAACAGAUGAGUGAAAAGUACCUGACAAAAUACCUGAAUUCAUACUAUGAGAGUGAAAAAGUACAAAAAAACGACAAACGCAUCUACUUAAAAACACACGUUAACGGUGUAUGCUAUCCUAUCUAUCAGUACGUAGUGCUUAUUUAAAAAAACAACUAGCUUGCCAAAAAAGAGCUGGUGGAUAUGACUUGAUUUUUAAAAAUACUGAAACACGAGAAACAGGACGAGACUUUUUUUGUUUUGUUUUUGAAAACGGUUGUCUUUAUUUGUGUCCUUUUUUUUUGUUUUGUUUUGUUUUGUUUUGUUAUGUUAUGUUAAUUUUGUUCAUUGUUUAUCACUGGUUUGGACUUGGCGGUCGCUCUCUCUCAACCAAAACAGACGCGUCUCUUAACAGUGUUAAAGUACAGACAAGAGAGAUGUAAGCUGUAGGGAGUGGCGGACGAGCAGACAGUCCAAUAGCUCAUGUGACGAGAUGUUCGCACACUGAACCUGGGAGUGGAGACAGACGGAUUGGAAUAUUGAUAGACAUUGUGCCUUGAAUUUGAAAAAAAAAAAAAAAAAAAUUAAAAAAAAAAAAAAAACUUGAGUUUUUCCAUUAAGUUUGUUUUUGUUUCCUGAGGGAAAGAAAACAGGGAGAGUUGAUCUUCCAGUUUUUUUUUUCUUUUUUUUUUUUCUUUUUUCUUUUUUGGUUCCAAGAGGAGAACAAACCUGUGAGGGAGUGAUGAGUAAAACAAGGGAAGGAGAGGGAGUGGCUGGCCAACGUGAGGAAAAAGAAGUCUGGUGCCAAACACGAAAUUCAAGGCGCUUGUCCUCAUUCCGAGUAGAAUGGACAGCGUUGGGGGGUCAGUGCGUGCGUGUAUGUGCGUGCGCGCGUAUGUGUGUGUUUGUGUGUGCAGAGUUGAGAUUUGGCAACCACAAAACAAAACUGGGGAGGGGUGAGGUAACAAACUGAAACGUAGCCCUGGGCGGGUCGCAUGGUGAGGCAUCUCUAUUUAUCAGCAGGCCUGAGGGGGGUGUCGGGUGAUGCGUCACUUCCUCCUCUCGACCUGUUUUAGGUCUUUCGAGGGUCCAGGGUGGCGCCCGUACAGCCCUAGUAAACAGGACAGGCUGAGACCAGACAGACGGCAGACUUGAACUAUAGAUUUAGACUCAAAGAGAACUAUACCGUGCCUCUUUCUCUGUGUCGGAGGGGGCGGCGGUGCUAGCUUCCAGCCACACUUAGUGUCUUGAUAAACCACUGCAGCGCGCAGCUCCGGACGCACACGAGGGGCGACCACCUUUCUGGGACGGGUGCUGCUAGUGGGGGAGGGGGGGCGGGGCGGGGCCUGGAGACUGCGGACUGUGGGAUUGGGACAGCUUCAAAUGACAUGAGAGCCACAUGACACACACCUACAGGUACACACACGAGGCAUACACACCACCAGGUGCGUGCGAGUUGAAGUGGUCGCCUGCAAUGGCACAAAGUACAGGACUGAAAAGGAAAAACUUUAAACAAGCGAGGUGUCUGUCUUGUACCUGGCAGUUUGGGUUGGCAAAUGGAGUAAGAGAGGGACUUGAAACCUCAGUGGCUCUCUGCUCAUAUUGUUACUGUUGUCUUGGUUACCGCUCUCAAGUUUUUUUUGUUGCUAUUUCCACAUCUUAGAAAAUAUGAAAUAAAAAAUUGAAGUGAAAUCAACUUCUUCUCUGGAGACGAACUUUGAUUUCUCUGUCUUGUGAGUUUGCAGUCUAUUUUUCUAACUUGCAUGGCAUUUAGUUAACAAGUAGUAGGUGGUGCCUGUCCUGUGCAUGAGGAAAGGGUGUUAUUAAUCUGACUUACAAAGCCAUUGUUUCAUUCACUAGAAUUGCUGCUAAUGUACACAUUGAAUGUCCGACUAACGUAGAAACUCUACCUUUGAAGAGAGAGAAACUUAAAAAAAAACAAAAAAAAAACAAAAAAAAAAACACAACAAAAAAACAAACAUCCCCACCCCCACCACACCCCCCUCCCAGCUCAUCUGCCCAGAACGUCCCAGUUUCUAUCGGUGGAUGCGAGUCAGGAAGAGACCCAUUCCUUUGCUCAGAAGUUUCGGAGUCUCAUAAAAGUAUUACAUUUCCAAGGGCAACAUUGUGCAUGACAAGCAAGCGUCCACAUGACCAAAGGUUUUGAGAGACAGAUGAAUGGGAGCGUGGUUGAAUCGAGAUGACCCAGAUGCUGCUGUUAUACAUUUCUGCUCACCUGUAUGUUGUGUUUUUAGAGAAUGAACGAGCACUUGAGUAUUUGUACCUUGGUUCAGUUGCAUGUGUGUGAGUGGAGGAUGAAACCCUUACUGGUAUGUUUGUGUUUACCUUUAUACCUCAUUGUGUGAGUACUGUAAUCCCUUAUGUAUCUGUAUCCCUCACGUCCUGUUGAAAGACUGCUGGCUACUGUGUGUGAGUGUGUGUGCGUGUGUGGGGGUGUGUGUGCGUGCGCGCGUGCGUGUGUGUGUGUUCGUGUGCGUCUGUGGAUGCUGGCUGUACAGUCGACUCCUCACUCUGUCAGAUUUUGUCUCUGGUUUUCUCACUCAUGUUCUGAUGGCAAUAAAGGACUUUUCAUUGUUUGGUAUA